AUGAUCUCAGUCCCCCUCCUAAUUAACGGCAAAGAAGAUUUCCUCUCUUCAACAUUCGACGUAAUAAGUCCAUACACCAACAGAACCUGCUGGGCCGCUUCAGCAGCCACUCCACAAGAUGCCAUUCGCGCCGUCGAAGCGGCCGACGCAGCCUUCCCAGCAUGGUCGACGACAAAACCCACCGUGAGACGCGACAUUCUUCUCAAAACAGCCGAUCUCUUGGAUCAGCGACUAAGCACGAAUGCGGAGAUUAUGCGCAUAGAGAUGGGAGCUGAUGUAGGUGCUUCAGAGGGAUUCGUGGUACCAUUGGCAAUUAGGAUGCUACGCGAGGUUGCGAGUCGAAUUACCUCUAUCUGUGGAAGUGUACCUGUUGUUGAGACAGAAAGACAAAGUGCGAUUGUAUUCAAGGAGGCUAUGGGUGUUAUUUUAGGUAUUGUACCUUGGAACGCUCCUUAUGUCUUUGGGAUCCGCUCUGCGGCUUGUGUGCUCGCUGCUGGGAACACUACGAUUCUUAAAUCUUCGGAACUUACGCCGCGCUGUUAUUGGGCUAUUGGUCGGGCUUUUCAAGAUGCGGGUCUUCCGGCUGGGUGUUUGAAUGUCUUGUCUUGUCGGCCGGAGGAUGCGGCUGAGGUUGUGAAUGUCAUGAUUGAGCAUCCUGCUGUGAGGAAGAUUAAUUUUACCGGGAGUACGGCUGUGGGGCGGAAGAUUGCGCGCAGCUGUGGACAGAACUUGAAGCCUUGUUUGAUGGAGUUGGGCGGGAAGAAUAGCUCGAUUGUGUGUGCGGAUGCUGAUAUGCAGGUUGCUGUGCAGGGUGUGCUUGCAGGGUCUUUCCUCAAUUCUGGCCAGAUCUGUAUGGCUACCGAUCGGAUCCUUGUUCACUCAUCGAUUGCACCUGCUUUCAUUGAUGCUUUGAAGAAGGCAUUAGCUGCUGGUGUGGGCGCAGACUCCCUGCCCCCAACACUGGUCAACACGGCGUCCAAGGCCCGUGUCAAAGCCCUGAUUUCUAGUGCUGUUUCCGCCGGUGCGCACUUUAUUUCGGGAUCUGCUGAAACGAGAGUCCCUUCUGAUUGUGGUGUUCGCAUGGCGCCCUCUAUCCUGGGUGGUGUACGGGAGGAUAUGCCCCUCUGGCAGGAAGAGUCAUUUGCCUCUGUGGCGGCAUGUAUGGUGUUUGAGAGCGAGGAUGAAGCGAUCCGACUGGCCAAUGGUAGUGGGUACGGACUGUCAGCGUCAGUGUUUACAGAGGAUCUCCGUAGGGGCUUGGCGAUGGCUAAGCGGAUCCAGUCUGGGGCGGUGCAUAUCAACAGUAUGACUGUUCAUGAUGAGCCAGUGAUCCCGCAUGGUGGAGUGAAGAACAGUGGUUGGGGUCGAUUCAAUGCUGCAGAGGGUCUGAAUGAAUUCUUGGUAACGAAGAGUGUUACCUGGAUGGAUUAG